UUUAAGGCCCCAAGACUCAUCCCCGUCGCUUUUCGUCAGAAAUCUCUUCCUUCCUUCGUUUCUUUCCUUGGCCUCUCCUCUCCAGUCUCUCCUCGUGCUCUCCCUCCAUGGGAUCCAAGGCGCAAAUGCGCUGUGUUCCUCUCCUACUCCGCUGCGUUUCUUUCGCCCUCGUGGCCUCUUCGUGGGGCGCGACGGUGGCCAGAUUGAACCCGCCCGCGUGCGAUCUGUUCGAUGGGAGCUGGGUCUACGACUCGUCCUACCCUCUCUACGACUCAGCGAGUUGUCCCUUCAUCCGCCGCGAGUUCGAUUGCCUCAAGUAUGGCCGCCCCGAUAUGAUGUACCUCAAGUACAGGUGGAAUCCCAAUGGCUGCGACCUCCCAAGAUUUGAUGGUCGAGACUUAUUGAGGAGGUGGAGAGGAAAGAAGAUAAUGUUCGUGGGUGACUCGUUAAGCUUGAAUCAGUUCGACUCGCUCCUGUGCCUUCUUCACGCGGCCGUGCCCAAUGGCAGGACAAGAUCUAACAGAACCGACGCCCUCACCACCGUCACAUUUGAGGACUAUAAGGUGACGGUGAUGUACUACAUCACCCAUUAUCUGGUGGACGUUGUGAGAGAGAAGAUUGGACGGGUUCUUAAGCUCGACUCCAUCGAAGGUGGUCGAGUGUGGCUCCGCGCCGACGUGCUCAUCUUCAACACAUGGCAUUGGUGGCCUACCAGGGGACCCGCCCAGGCAUGGGAUUUUAUUCAGGACGGCCGCAAGAUAGUUAAAGACAUGGACCGCACAGUGGCUUUCUCCAAGGCACUCGCCACAUGGGCCAGAUGGGUGGACUCCAGCAUCAUUCCAGCCACAACCAAAGUCUUCUACCAGGGAAUCUCUCCAUCCCAUUACCAUGGAGAGGAUUGGGGGGCGUCGUACAAGGAAAGUUGUUCGAGGCAAUCAGAGCCAUUGAACGCAUCAACUUAUCCCGGAGGUCCAGCGCCACAAGAAGCAAUCGUGAAGAAUGUUUUGAGCACCAUCUCGAAGCCAGUGUAUUUGCUGGACAUAACCUUCCUCUCACAGCUCAGGAAAGAUGCUCACCCGUCAAAGUAUGAUGGAGUCGGCUUCCAAAAUGACUGCAGCCAUUGGUGUCUUCCGGGCCUUCCGGACACGUGGAACCAGCUCAUGUAUGCAGCUGUUAUGAGAUAAGAGUUAGGUAGCAUUUAGGACUUUCUUGAGAUUAAAUAGGUGGGGAAAGGAAUUCAUUUAUUGAAAAGAAUAAUGGUACAAAUUAUAUUUCUCAAAUAGAAUAAUGGAUCAAUUUGUGUCAUUUAUAUGUAUCCGCUCGCUCUUCCUUGAAAUUGCUAAUAAAGUAUUUGAACAUGAAAUUGAUGUACAUUGUCCCUCA